CUCCUGCCCACCCUUUCUCGCCGCGGACGCCCGCUCUCCUUCUGCGUUUGCAGUGCAAGGCGUGCCCUGGAGCUACUGGAGAUCCGGAAACGCUGUCCAGAGAUCUGGGAGGUCACCGAACACCCCAGUCACCAGUGUCCUUGAUCUGAUUGUGGCUUCUAUUUGUCAUCCCACAUAAGAAGACUAGCUCACCAGAACAAGGUCCACAGCAGGGAGAGGCCACCAACAUCAUGUUCUGUACGAAGCUGAAGGAUCUCAAGAUCACAGGGGAGUGUCCUUUCUCCUUACUGGCACCGGGGCAGGUUCCUAAAGAGCCAGCAGAAGAGGGAGCAGGAAGCUCAGAGAGCUGCAAAGCCACUCCACCCAUCUGUCAGGACUUUCCUGAGAAGAAUGCACAAGAAAGUCUUCCUAAAAGAAAGACCAGUAGGAGCCGAGUCUAUCUUCACACUUUGGCUGAGAGCAUUUGCAAACUGAUUUUCCCAGAGUUUGAGCGUCUGAAACUUGCACUUCAGAGAACACUGGCAAAACACAAAAUGAAAGAAAUCAGAAAAUCUGUGGAAAGAGAAGACUUUGAAAAAAUAAUUGCAGACCAAGCACUUACAGCAGGAAUUCCUGUGGAGGUCAUCAAAGAAUCUCUCGGUGAAGAACUUUUCAAAAUAUGUUAUGAGGAAGAUGAACACAUCCUGGGUGUGGUUGGAGGAACCCUCAAAGAUUUUUUAAAUAGCUUCAGCACCCUUCUGAAACAGAGCAGCCACUGCCAAGAAGCAGAAAAGAAGGGCAGGCUGGAGGAUGCAUCCAUUCUCUGUCUGGACAAAGAUCAUGACUUUUUAAACGUUUACUAUUUCUUCCCCAAGAGGACCACAUCCCUGAUUCUGCCCGGCAUCAUUAAGGCAGCGGCUCACAUCUUGUACGAAACCGAGGUGACAGUGUCAUUAAUGCCUUCCUGUGUCCAUGAUGACAUCAGCGAGUUUGUGAAUCAGCCCUAUUUGUUAUACUCAGUUCAUGUCAAAAGCACCAAACCGUCCCUGUCCCCAGGCAAACCCCAGUCCUCACUGGUCAUCCCUGCUUCUCUCUUCUGUAAGACAUUUCCAUUCCAUUUCAUGUUUGACCGAGAUAUGACAAUUCUGCAAUUUGGCAAUGGUAUCAGGAGGCUGAUGAACAGGAGGGACUUCCAAGGAAAGCCUCAUUUUGAAGAGUACUUUGAAAUUCUGACUCCAAAAGUCAACCAAACGUUUAGCGGAAUCUUGACUAUGUUGAAUAUGCAGUUUGUGGUCCGAGUGAGGAGGUGGGACAACUCCGUGAAGAAGUCGUCAAGGGUUAUGGACCUCAAAGGCCAAAUGAUAUACAUUAUUGAAUCCAGUGCGAUCUUGUUCUUGGGGUCACCCUGUGUGGACAGAUUAGAAGAUUUUACAGGACGAGGGCUCUACCUCUCAGACAUCCCGAUUCACAACGCACUAAGGGAUGUGGUCUUGAUAGGAGAACAGGCCAGAGCUCAAGAUGGCCUUAAGAAGAGACUGGGAAAACUAAAGGCUACCCUUGAACAAGCCCACCAAGCCCUGGAGGAGGAGAAGAAGAAGACAGUUGAUCUUCUAUGCUCUAUAUUUCCCUCAGAGGUGGCACAGCAGCUAUGGCAAGGGCAAGUGGUGCAAGCCAAGAAAUUCAGUAACGUCACCAUGCUCUUCUCAGACAUCGUUGGGUUCACUGCCAUCUGCUCCCAGUGCUCGCCACUGCAGGUGAUCACCAUGCUCAAUGCGCUCUACACGCGCUUUGACCAGCAGUGUGGAGAGCUGGAUGUCUACAAGGUGGAGACCAUUGGCGAUGCCUAUUGUGUGGCCGGGGGGUUACACAAAGAAAGUGAUACCCAUGCUGUUCAGAUAGCGCUGAUGGCCCUGAAGAUGAUGGAGCUCUCUGAUGAAGUCAUGUCUCCCCACGGAGAACCUAUCAAGAUGCGAAUUGGACUGCAUUCUGGAUCGGUCUUUGCUGGAGUUGUUGGAGUUAAAAUGCCCCGUUACUGUCUUUUUGGAAACAACGUCACCUUGGCUAACAAAUUUGAAUCCUGCAGUGUACCACGGAAAAUCAAUGUCAGCCCAACAACUUACAGAUUACUCAAAGACUGUCCUGGUUUUGUGUUUACCCCUCGAUCAAGGGAGGAACUUCCACCAAAUUUCCCCAGUGAAAUUCCUGGAAUCUGUCAUUUUCUGGAAGCUUAUCAACAAGGAACAAAUUCUAAACCAUGGUUCCAAAAGAAAAAUGUUGAAGGCGGCAAUGCCAAUUUUCUAGGCAAAGCAUCAGGAAUAGAUUAACAAAAUAUAAACUUGAUAUUAGCCUUUGGGGAUUGACUCCUUCAAGCAUGUGUGU